CAAUAAGUUAUUUCUAUCUUAAUUUUCUAGCAUCCUUGUAGUAGAACGCGUUUCUUCAACCUGGGAGAAACAACAGGAAAAUUGAAAGUCAUCAAGGAUGUUAGAGCAGUUACUGAUAUUUACAAGAGGAGGGUUAAUCCUCUGGACAUGUAAAGAACUUGGGAACGCUCUGAAAGGUUCCCCUAUAGAUACCUUGAUUCGUUCAUGUCUUUUGGAGGAGCGAUCCGGUGCGGCAUCAUACAAUUAUGAUGCUCCUGGUGCUUCCUACACCCUUAAAUGGACCUUUCACAAUGAACUUGGCCUUGUGUUUGUGGCUGUGUACCAACGGAUUCUUCAUCUCUUGUAUGUGGAAGAUCUGCUUGCUAUGGUGAAGCGUGAGUUUUCGCAGAUCUAUGAUCCCAAAAGGACUGCUUACCCUGAUUUUGAUGAGACCUUUAGGCAGCUAAAGAUGGAGGCUUUGGCCCGUGCCGAAGAUUUGAAGCGAUCGAAUCCAAAUCCUGUUGCUGGGAAUGUUAAGAAGCAGGUGCAGGGGAACAAUAAAUCGGGAUUAGAGGGAGGGAAUAAGAAGAAGAGUGGUGGUGUGGCAAAAGAGGGUGGUGGGAAAGAUGGUGACGGUGGCAAUGGACGGAGGUCUGAGAAUGGGCACUCCAAUGGAAAUUUUGUUGUUGCUAAAGAUGCUAACCUGAGUAGUGAUGUGAAUGGUAGACAGAAUGGAAGUCCCAAUGUUGGGGCUUUUGAUGUACAUAAGCUUCAGAAGCUUAGGACCAAAGGUGGGAAGAAGGUAGAUAAUGCUGCUGCAAAGGCUUCCAAGGCAGAGCCAAACAAAAAAGUCAUAAAGAAAAAUAGGGUGUGGGAUGAUGCUGCUACUACGGAAACUAAAUUGGACUUUACAGAUCAUUCUGCAGAGGACGGGGACAGGAACAUAGAUUAUGUGGUUGCUGAUCAAGGUGAAAGUAUGAUGGAUAAGGAAGAGAUAGUUAGCUCUGAAAGUGAGGAGGAAGAAGAGGAGGAGGAGAAUGUGGGAAAGAAGAGAAAGCCUGAUGCCAAAAACAAGGGUUGGUUUUCAUCCAUGUUCCAGAGUAUUGCAGGGAAGGCAAAUUUGGAGAAGUCAGACUUAGAACCAGCUUUGAAAGCUCUAAAGGAUAGGCUCAUGACCAAGAAUGUGGCUGAGGAGAUAGCUGAGAAACUCUGUGAAUCAGUCGCAGCAAGUCUUGAAGGCAAAAAGCUGGCUUCAUUUACAAGGAUAUCUUCAACAGUGCAUGCGGCAAUGGAAGAAGCUCUUAUUCGAAUUUUAACUCCUAGACGUUCUAUUGAUAUACUGAGGGAUGUGCAUGCUGCCAAAGAGCAAAGGAAACCAUAUGUUGUUGUAUUUGUUGGUGUUAAUGGUGUUGGAAAAUCUACUAAUCUAGCUAAGGUUGCUUAUUGGCUUCUGCAGCACAAGGUCAGUGUGAUGAUGGCUGCCUGUGACACAUUUCGAUCAGGAGCUGUUGAACAGCUGCGGACCCAUGCUCGGAGACUUCAGAUACCUAUAUUUGAGAAGGGCUACGAGAAAGAUCCUGCCAUUGUAGCAAAAGAAGCAAUUCAAGAAGCUUCACACAAUGGUUCGGAUGUGGUUCUUGUUGACACAGCUGGUCGUAUGCAGGAUAAUGAACCACUUAUGAGAGCACUGUCAAAACUCAUCUACCUUAACAAUCCAGAUCUUGUCCUGUUUGUCGGAGAAGCACUGGUUGGUAAUGACGCAGUUGAUCAGCUUUCGAAGUUCAAUCAGAAAUUAGCCGACCUUGCAACAUCACCCAACCCAAGAUUGAUUGAUGGGAUCUUGCUCACCAAGUUUGACACCAUUGAUGAUAAGGUAGGAGCUGCACUUUCCAUGGUUUACAUUUCUGGAGCUCCUGUGAUGUUUGUGGGCUGUGGACAGUCUUACACUGACCUCAAGAAACUCAAUGUCAAAUCAAUUGUGAAGACUCUUCUUAAAUGAGGGCACAAAGUUCUUUAUUUUCCCUUGAAAUCUUGUAAACCUGUCUUGUGUUUCUGUUUGAUGACGAACUCGUUGAUCCCGUUGACCCUAUUACUUUGUGAGAAAAAAACUGGCUUUGACUUUGAGGCAUGGUUUGUUUUAGAUUAA